UAAACAGAUGACCGGACAGUCCUGUGAAUGCAUCGCAUCCACUCUGCCUCUCUCCAUCUCCUCUGCUCCCUCUCUCUCUCUCUCUCUCUCUGUGUGCAGGGCCUCUCACCCCAGCAUCCACCCAGGCUUCUUCUCCUCCUCCUCUGCUUCUUUUUCUUCUUCUUCAUCUUCUUCUCCUCUCUCCGGCUGAGACAAAAAAAGGAAAAGACGAUGUCCACUCCGAGAUUGCUCCUCGCUGUAUGCACGUGGCUCCUGGCCGGGAUCCUCGCGGCGGAGGCGACCUACUACCGGCACCACCGCUACUCCCCCUACUUCUACCGCUACCGGGAGCACUCCGCCAACACGGAGAACCUUCUGCCCGAGGCGGCCGACCCGGCGCCCGCGGCCCCGCAGCCGGGCGUGCCCACUUACCCGCACAUCCCCGAGGUCUUCCACCCGGCGCCCGAGGUCAUCCCGCCGAUGCCAGAGGCUCUCCACCCGGUGCCCGAGGUCGUGCACCCGGCGCCCGAGCCCUAUCACCGACCCGAGGUGUACCAGUCAGUGAUCGAAGCCUCCUCCCCCGUGAACCUGAGCCGGGUGUUCUACGGGAUCAUGUUCGACGCCGGGAGCACAGGCACCAGGAUCCACAUCUACAAGUUCAUCCAGAAGGACCCAGUGGAGCUGCCAGUUCUUGACAAUGAACUGUACAACGCUGUGAAGCCUGGACUCUCUGCCUAUAAGGACAACCCUGAGGAGGGUGGCAACACCGUCCGUCAGCUGCUGAAGAUCGCCAAGAAGACGGUGCCGGAGGACGAAUGGAGGAGGACCCCGGUGGUGCUGAAGGCCACGGCGGGUCUUCGCCUGCUGCCUGAGGAAAAGGCCAAAGCUCUUCUGAAGGAGGUACAAGAGGUGUUCGAAGAGUCUCCCUUCUACGUGCCAGGCAACAGUGUUUCCAUCAUGAACGGAACAAACGAAGGAAUCCUUGCCUGGGUCACGGUGAACUUCCUCACAGGACACUUGUACUCCAACACAAGGAGGACAGUGGGGAUUCUGGAUUUGGGUGGAGGAUCGACACAAAUCACAUUCCUUCCCAAAUCAAGGAAAACGGUCCAGUCUGCACCAACCAGUUACAUUGCCAGAUUCAACCUGUUCAACAACACGUAUCAAGUCUACACACACAGUUACCUUGGGAAUGGCCUGUAUGCGGCUCGACUAGCGACUCUUGGAGCACUAGGAGCUGACGGUCUGGACUGGAGAGUCUUCACCAGUUCCUGCCUGCCGAAAAAGUUCAGAGAAGAUGUGCAUUUUGGAGGAGACACCUACAAAGUGAGCGGGAUUCCAGACGGCUACGCAGGAUAUAAGCUGUGCUACUAUGAGGUGAUGAAAGUCAUCAAGGGAGUAGUGCACCAGCCGUAUGAGGUGAAGGGCAGCAGCGUCUUCUACGCUUUCUCCUACUACUUCGACAGAGCUGUGGAAUCUGGCCUCAUUGAUGCCAGUCGAGGUGGUUCGCUUGAAGUGAGGGAUUUUAAGAAGAGAGCCAAGGAAGUGUGCAACAAAAUGACCAAAUACCGUGCGAUCAGCCCCUUCCUCUGCAUGGAUAUGACAUAUAUCACUUGUCUGCUAAAGGAGGGAUUUGGCUUCAAGGACAACACUGUGCUGCAGCUCGCCAAGAAGGUGAACAACGUAGAGACCAGCUGGGCCCUGGGUGCAACAUUCGACUACUUCAGGAACCUCAACAUCCACUAAGGACAGCUCGCUGUCACUGCAGCCGGCACUGAGAAGGACAGUCCGUCACUGUAGGGCGUCCCUUCCUCUGACAUAACCUCAAUUAAACCCCCCCCCACAGACCCACCCAAGUCCCGCCACGCCUCCUCACCCACCUCCUCGAUUCCUCAAACCUCAGCAUCCCAGCGAACGUCCCGAGAACUGUUGAGAGAAAUCACUAUAUUUUUAUAAGGCCAGCUGUUUCUACUGUAUGUUGAGCUCACAACUGGUGGGCGGAAUUUAUUUUUGUAAAACGUUUACAUGUUUGAUUCCCAAUGGGUGUCUGAUCUGAAAUGUCUUUCUCAACUACCUGUAAAAUGCGCACAGGGUAUUCUAGAAGCCACACCUGCAGUCAUGGUGUCUGGGUGCUGACUGUGGCCUUGGAGUGAACUGUACAGAACAGUGCAAAAUACCUUUAGGAGACUAGUGGCUGCAAGUGCAACCAAAGUUAUGCCUGUAAAUCAAUCUGAUUUUAUAGUAGCAGUAGAUGAUCUGACUGGCCCCGGGCCUUUGACGAGUUGAGCAUCAUUGGAUUUUGAGCUGCUUCUCUUCGAAGACGUGCUCAGAUGCUUUGGUGUCGACUGAAUGGUUGUACGUGUUCCUCCUGACUGAGGGGGGGAGGCGAAGAGAGCGCUGCAGGGGAGAUGCCUCUCACAGACUGUGUUGUUAUAGCUUUCUACAAGUAUGAGGUUAAUGCCUCUAUUUCAGCCAUUAUCGUUUGUUUUGUCUAGCGGGGCGAGAGGCCUCAUCAAGCACGGCUAAAUUGCAGGGGCCCCAGGACUGAACUGUAUUUUAAACGCGUGGAGGGAAAACCUUUCAUCAACGACGUAAUUUACAGUUAUUGAAUACGACAAAAAUGGUAAACAGACAUUAUGUAAAAAAACAAAAAUAACGUUUGAAACCCAUGACUCCUUCACCAGUCAUACUGUAUAUAUUCGUGUGAACUGUAUAAAUAUUUAAUUAACUGAAAGUCUAUCUAAUGUAUUUUAAUUAUCCUCAUCAAACUAUUAACUCUUGGACUUUCUGUGUAACUGCUCUCUAAGCCAAAUGCCUUCGCUGUCUCUUCAGUACCCAACGCGUUCAAUAACUGCUGUUGUAUAUACGUAUAUAAACUUUAAUAUUAGUGAAAUACUCUGACAAGAACUGCUUUUACAUUGCAACAAAAAACGUUAUACUGCACAGUCGUUCAGAGAUGCCUUGAUGACCAUCAGUAUGAAUAACCUGAUGACUGACAAUAUGUAAAUUGGUGUUUUUACGAA